AGUUAAUUUCCAUUCGGCAACAGACGAACGAAAAAUGUGAUCAACAGAUGAAUGGCUAUUUACAUUUUUUUUCUUCGUUUAUUGCCGAAUUGGUUUGGCAAUUCUAAGUGUAUAUGUAUUUUGUUUUGAACACAGCAACUAACUUCCGACCAUCAAACUAUGACAUAAGUUGGCAUUAUUUCGUUUUUUUAAUCAGAAUACCGUCGACCGUUGUAACUAGAGAUGCAAAAAAUGGCUUCAAAAUUAAGCUUUGUGUUAUUAUUGCUAAUGUUUGUUUGUCAAGUUUGUUUGUCAACAUCGAUCUAUCCUGAGUUACCAAAAGCUGAAAAUACCGAAGUAACGGGCCAAACAACAGAAAACGUUAAAAAAUCGACGAUCGACAUAGAGAAAAACCUGACCGAUGAGGAGAAAAAAGUACUCAAUGAAGCCCUCAACAAUCUUACCACCGCCGAUUCAUUUGAAAAAAGCAUUAUUGGAACGAUCAAUUUACUCAAGGUUGGCUUCAUGACUGGAUUAACGGCUGGUUUUAGAGGAAUAAAUACAUCAAUUCCAGCUCCAAGUGCAGCAUCACCUUAGUUCAUCUAAUCAAUCUUAAAUCAUCUGUGUUGCCAUCCACUAUACUUGUGAAGAUAGCCAACAAUCCACUAGCUUUGUAUUAAUAUAAAUUCCAUUUUACCAACAUGAAAAAAAAACUGAUGAAAUAAUAACCAAUGAAUAGUUUAUCAGAAGAAAUAAGCUUGACAUUUGUUUUUCUCAUGAUAAGAUUCUCGAUUUAAAACCAAAUAUGUCAUAUUACCAGUGACUACAUUCAGCUUACAUAAUAUUUGUUCCUAUG